CGUUGGCCGUCUUCUGUUGCGGCUGUUGUCAUCUUGCUCGCUGUGUAUCUGCAGCUACUGCAGCCGUGCAGCCAGUGCAGCUGCGAAGGUUAGCACACCACCAACUGGUCACAUGAAAUGUAACCUUCAACACUGUUUGCCAGUCGUCGUGUGAAGCAAAAGGCCGCCGAUGGAAGACCAUGGAGUGGAGAGUCUGGCGGAGGUGUUCCGCUGCUUCAUCUGCAUGGAGCGUCUUCGGGACGCCCACCUCUGUCCUCACUGCUCCAAGCUCUGCUGCUACGCCUGCAUACGGCGCUGGCUCACGGAGCAGCGGUCUCAGUGCCCGCACUGCCGGGCCUCGUUGCACCUGCACGAGCUGGUCAACUGCCGCUGGGUGGAGGAGGUCACCCAGCAGCUGGACACCCUGCAGCUGUCCUCGGCCGCCUCCACUUCGACCGCGGGCAGCCCCUCCUCCGCUGCAGAGGCCUCCGUGGGGGGCGGCGGCCCCGGCAGCAAGCCGUCCUCCCCCGACCACGACCAGGAGCGCUGUCCGCACCACAAGGCGGAGAAGCUGAGCGUCUUCUGCUGGAACUGCCGCCUUUGCAUCUGCCAUCAAUGCGCCCUUUGGGGAGGAACGCACUGCGGGCACGUGUUCAAGCCCCUGGAGGAGGUGCACACGCAGCAGGUGGCCCAGGUGCGGGAGCAGGUGGGGGCCAUGCGCCGCCGCCUGCACCACCUGCUCGGCCUGGUGGCCCAGGUGGAGCGCAGCGUGGAGGCCGUGCGCCAGGCCAAGGACCUCCGGGUGCACGAAAUUCGCAACGCCGUGGAGCACAUGAUCGCCCGGCUGGAUGCCCAGCUCAAGGGGCGCCUUCUCUCCCUUGUCGCGCAGAAGAAUGCGCUGACGCAGGAGACGGAGCAGCUGGAGCAGCUGCUGCAGGCGGCAGAGACGCAGCUGACGUCGUGCUCCCGCAGCGAGCUGAUCGCCCGCUCUCCGGACAUCGUGGGCCGGCUGGGGGAGCUGCUGCAGCGGCAGCCCCCCUGCUCGCCGCCCCUGCUGCUGCCAGGGGGCGCCCAGGAGUUCCCCUCGGAGAUGGUGCCCCCCUACGAGGCCUCGGUCUUCCUGCUGCGGGGGUUUUCGCUGCUGCAGCAACGUGCGGACCCCGUCUACAGCCGCCCCCUCGUCGUGUCGGGGCUCACCUGGCGCCUCAAGGUCUACCCCGACGGUAAUGGCGUGGUGAGGGGAAACUACCUCUCGGUAUUUUUGGAGCUGUCGGCCGGGCUUCCUGAGACGUCCAAGUAUGAGUAUCGCGUGGAGAUGAGCCACCAGGGCGGGGACCCGAGCAAGAACAUUGUGCGGGAGUUUGCCUCGGACUUCGAGGUGGGCGAGUGCUGGGGCUACAACCGCUUCUUCCGCCUCGACCUCCUCGCCUCGGAGGGAUACCUCAGCGGAGACACCCUGCUGCUGCGCUUCGAGGUGCGCCCCCCGACAUUCUUUCACAAGUGCCGCGACCAGCAGUGGUACCUGGCCCAGCUGCAGGCGCAGCAGGUGCAGCUACAGCAGCAGGUGCAGCAGCUCAAAGAGAGGCUUGCUGCUGAGAUGGCCAAAAAUGAAGCAGGUGCCUACAGCCCUGAGAAUACCGCAGAACAGCCCGGCAUCGUGGGCGACGGUGGUGGCCCGAGCCGCGCGGUGGAGCCUGAGUCCCCGCAGUCGGACCUUCUGCCGGCGAGUCCGCAGCACCGGGGCCUGCUCCACGAAGUGCCGUGCGAGCGAGGCACUGCGUCGUCCACCCUGGCUGCCUCCGUGGACAGCCUGGCUGCAGAACUGCUCCGCUCUGGGCCCCAGAAAGAUGCGGCGCGCCGUCCCAAAUCGUCCGCUAGUCACCGGUGGCCCUCUCGAGCCCUGGGGGACUCGUGCGAUGCCGACUCCUCUGGCACGGACAGCGAGGGUGCCAGUGAGGGAGAACUGGACGACCGUGUCACCAGGUUGCAGGGGACGUCUGCCUCCGGCUCGACGCUGGACGAGAACGACAUCGAUGAGGAAACCAUGUCGGGCGACCGGGACGUGGAGCGCCAGCCUGGCCACGGCGGCACCGGCUGCUGUCACUGGUGGGGCCUGGGGGCCGGCGGAGCCACCGCCGCCUCUCCCGUGGCCGGGCCCUCGCGGGAAGCGACCGGGUCUUCGACCCCGGCGUGCCGCGAGGAGGACGACGAGUCCGUCCUGCUGCGCCUGCUCGAGCUGCAGGACCGCAGGGGCGCCGUGGCCGCCGCGGCUGCUGCCGCCAAUGCGCCUCACCAGUGCAGGGGCUCCUGGGGUCGCAAAGGUGGCGGGAAAGGCAAGCGCAGGUCUCGGGACGGCUGCCGCCACCUGCUGCUGCUCUCCUUGCUGGCCAAGAGCAGGUCGGAGCCCGGACCCUCCACCUGCCGGGCGGCCCAGGCGGCCGCCUCUCUCGACGGCUGCUCGCCGGACAAGUCUGUGGUGCCGGACUACUCCCUGGAGCUGGAGUCGAUCCCCGAGCUGCUUAGCAACCAGGAGCUGUUUGCGGUGGCGGACGAGUCCUUUGCCCAGCUGCCCCGCAUGAGCUCCCCUCAGCUUCUGGCUUGUGCCGGUGACAUGCUAGGCCGACCAUCACAGCCCAGCUCGGACAGCAAGCCUCCCAAGGAGAGGAAAGGGUCGCAGGGGGACGUGGCCCCAUCUAGACCCUCCUGUCAUUCCGCCGGUUGGCUGGCAUCGCACGACGGCCGCCUGUCGCCUUCCGGGUCGGCGCCGUUAUCUGCCAGCCUGCCGCCGACUUCGGCUCGAUCUUUGCCGGCGUCGCCGUCACUGCAUGGAGCCGCAAACGCCAAGAGCCGUUCCGACAGCGGUACCCGUUCUCCGACAUCGAAGGCACACGGAGACAAUGGGACAUCCCAGUAAAGAAGAGACAGAGUCGUCGCAUUUCUCCUCAGUUUUCUCGUUGCCUUCUUUCUCAAAAUUACCAUUUUUGUUUCGUUGUGCAGCUCCACCUUAUGGAAAGAUUUUGUAAUUUUUUUUGUAUAACUGGAAUGGAUUUAAUUUCUUUUGUUAUGCUAGCAUCCAGUAACAGUGAAAGUCCAUAUUACAGAUGUCAUUCCAGUUGCCAGUACUUGAGUUUACAUGCACAAUUUGGCCACCACAAUACCUGGAAAGCAAGAAAUUGAUACGAGAAAAGUGGACUAUUUUGUAGAAGCAGGCCGGGCAGCUCUCGGGAUAUAAUGUACAGUUCUGUCACCCUGUGAACUUUUUCGUUUCUUCCCAAAAUCUUGUUCUACUAGGCCGCACAUCUUUUUUCCCCGUCUCUUGCAAAGUAUGAUGUAUAGAAGCAACUGUUACUGAAUGAAUGAUGUCCUGCUCUGUUUUUUCCUUUUUUGUGUACAUAUGUGUUCCUGAGAGCACAAGCUUCCUUUGCGUCAUUGUGCAUACACCUGUAGACAAGAGGGUCCGGUGGUGCAGUCUCCUUUCCAAAUUUCAGUUGUGCACAGCUUCAGUUACCCUUACAGUCUGGAGUUCAAACCCUCGGAAAGCGCGAUCUACAUGUGUGGCUGCACUCUGUCUCGCAUGCGCGAACUACUUUGGACGUGGCAGCAUGUUCGGACGUCAGCAGCAUUCAAAACAUUUCUUGCGCAGCAAGAUGAGCCCGAAAAAAGCGAUGGUUAGAUAUAGCAAGCUGAAGUUUUCCUCGAAAGGCUAUUUUAGUGGUGAUAUUUUUCUGCUAUAACAUCAAAGCACUAUCCCCCUUACUAACAAAUUCAGAUCAACACUAUCUUGUCGAGUGGCAGGUUGCCAUUUUAAAAGCAGAGUCCGUUCAUUUCUAUGAAAAUUGUACUUGGAAACUUUUGGUAGGCAGAUGCAGGGAAUUGUUUGAUGUCGUACGGCAAAGGAAUGUUUAGGACAGCCUCCUAUUUUGUUGGAUUUCUAGGUCUAAAUGCCAAUGGACAAAACAGUGUUGACACAAGGGGACAUGCACACUAGUGCUUGGAAACACUAGCUGCCUCAUGUAAAGGUAUAAGCUACAGUUGCACUUGUUUGAAACUUCAUUGGUGGCAGAUUGACAUCCAAAAUCCAAAUGUUCAUUGUGUGUUUGGAUGUGGUGCUCAAAAGGCCCCUAUGAUGCAAGGCCCAAUUGUAUGAUACAUUGAGACCAAAUGAUGCAAUUCUUUUUUUUUUUGAGUCCCCGAAGAAUGGCAGCAUUUUUCUUUUUAUCCAGUGCCAUUAAUUCCUAUAGCGGAAAAGAUGCGCUCGAUGUCCUUGUGUCUUCUCUGGAACACCUUUCCCUAGAAGCACACAGGUGUAUUGCGUUGCAUUUUGUUCACAAGUACCUGUCCUACAUUCCAUAUUAUGCGUUCGAAGGAAUAGCAAACAUUAUGUAGUCUCUUUUUGUUUGUUUAGUCACGAGGUUGGGCCACAAAUGCUAUUUAUUUUGUGUUUGUUUUAGUCACAUGCAAAUAAACUGUAUUAGAUGACUGAACAUUGCAGAUCUUUC